CCCUCUGUUCGGUUUCUGAUACUACAGCCGAGACAGUCCUUACAUCUGUAAUGUAAAUUUUUUUUUAUAGUAAAUUGGGGUAAAGUUUCCGGGUAUUGGUAAUUAGAGUAUUAGAUUAGCAUUAAAUUGAUUUGGUGUAUUUGUCUGUAGGUGGGCUUGGGAGUAGCUUAAGGGUUUAAGAGUCGAAAGGUUUUUUUUUCCUCCCGUUGGGAAAUUUGUUAAACUUUUUUUAAUAGGUGUUUUACCAAUUAUACUUAAGAUGCUUAUAAUGCAGAGUAAUCAAGGGCAUAUGUAUGCUCCAGAAAAUUUAUGUCAAGACUCAUGGUUUAAUUUUUUUUGUGUGACAUUUAAAUAUACUUUGAUAGUUUGAUGUUUUGAAUGUUAUGACAUUUAAUUCAACAUUAACGAUCCUUGAUGUUUCAAUUUGAAAGAGUCCUGUGCGGGCUGAGUCCGAGUCCAUUGAGGCUAAGAUGACUGCCUGUUCCGUUUGGCCUUGGCUUUCACCUUACAUUGUGUGUGUGACCUAUGCCCUUUGACCCAUUGGCUGACCUAACCGGAAGCCAUGAUGACAGCAGCCUUUUGCCAAUAGACCAGGGUGAUGGUGGUAGUGGUGGUGGUGGUGGCGGCGGUGGAGGUGGCAUGUAUGGAAGUCGGCGUAGUGGCAGGGACAAGUAUGGGCCACCUGUUCGAACAGAGUUUCGUUUGGUUGUGGAGAACCUUUCAAGCCGUUGUAGCUGGCAGGAUCUCAAGGAUUUCAUGAGACAGGCUGGAGAGGUAACUUAUGCAGAUGCCCAUAAGGAACGUGCCAAUGAAGGUGUAAUUGAGUUCCGCUCUUACUCUGAUAUGAGGCGUGCUCUUGAGAAACUAGAUGGCACGGAUAUUAAUGGCAGAAAAAUUCGCCUUGUAGAGGAUAAGCCACGCCGUAGGCGCUCAUAUUCUGGCAGUCGCUCUAGAUCACGUAGUAGACGUCGCUCUCGCAGCAGGAGUCGCAGGAGCAGUCGUUCACAUAGCAACUCAAAAAGUAGAUCUCGCUCUCGCUCCCAUUCAAGAAGCAAGAGCAAGCGUUCAAGGUCCCGAUCUGGCAACAGGAAAUCCCAUGCACAUUCUCCAAGUCGGAAGUCUCAUUCAAGGUCCCCUGCCAGAAAAUCUCAUUCCAAAUCCCCUGAUGGAAAGUCACGGUCCCGCUCACGAUCCAGGAAGUCCCGUUCCAGGUCCCACACUAGAAAAUCCAAUUCACUAUCUCCUAGUAGGAAGUCCAGGUCUAGGUCAGACCCCAGAAAGUCACAGUCAAAGAGCCCUUCAAAAGCCAAGUCUGACCAUGAUUCACGAAGUCCUUCUAAGGAGAAGGAGGAGUCCAAGAAGUCUCGCAGUCGAUCUGCAUCCCCAAUGGAAAAUGGAGAUGGUGAAAGGGCAAAAUCAGCUUCACGUUCUCCCUCGCCCCAACAUGAUGACAGACAUUCCGCAUCUCCGUCAAAACGCUCUGCUUCUAGGUCUCCUUCGCGAUCUAAAUCGCGAUCACGUUCUCGCUCUCGUGAUUAGCAAAUGAAAUUUGAUACUCUGAGUUGGGUAAUUCCAUUAAUGAAAAGUUGUCGCCAUUAUUGAUGUGCAGCGGCUUUUUGCAGAGCUGCCUUUAGAUGCAGUGGGUAAAAAUUGUGGAUUUUAAAAUUUUGCUGUGCCCGUUUAUUACAAAUUAAAAAAAAAAAAAUAAUCACAUGAUGAACCUAAGACAACACUUUUUGGUGUCAGGUUUGCCAUUUGUGCUUGUAAAUACAAACCCUACUCCUGAACUUUUGUCAGUUUAAAGUUGGAGUGAAAUCUUGGAUGUAAUCCACAGGUAAAGCCUGCUGUUCUAAUUUCUUUAGUUUUCAUUUUUUGUAUUCAACCACAAAUUUUCUUUUUGUUUAAACCAAGACUUAAAUUUGAUGGCCAGACCUUGUUUUAUUGCCAAACUGCUAGAUCACAAGCAUGCAUGUUAACUUUUUACUGUACAGAUGCAUUAAAAGUUCAUAUGAAAGUCCA